AUGUUGGGUCGUAUUUUGGGUGGUAUUGCCACUUCUCUCCUAUUUUCAGCUUUUGAAUCAUGGCUUGUGGCUGAACACAACAAGGAUGCUCAAAAGAUUGUGUCUAGGGAUCCCCACUUGUCAUCAAACUUUUCCCUUUCGUCAUAUUGUCAUUUUGUUUUUCUUGUUCUUUUCUGCUGCCUUCCUUUGAUACUUUCUGACCUGGCGAUGAAGGACUUGAACCGUCAAGCUGUGGUUCUUUCUUUGUCAUCCGUUUUUGGAUGUAGAGGAUUUGAUCAACAAUGGCUCUCAAUAACUUUCUCCCAAUAUUUCUCAGCAAUGGUCUCGUUGCUAUUGUGUCCCGGGUUGUUCGGAAAUCUGCUAGUUGAUACCAUGAGUCUUGGGCCUGUGUCCCCCUUUGACGCCACUGCAUGCUUUCUUGCCAUUGGCAUGGCAGUUAUACCAUCAUCGUGGGGUGAGAACUAUGGUGACCCUUCAGAGAACAAGGACUUGCUUACCCAGUUCAACGGUGCUGCUGUGGCCUUGCUUCAAAGGUAG